AGAUUUCGAGUAAAGUCGAGAUUUCCAGCCAACGGCCAUAUUGGAUUCUAGAACGAUCGCAUGGACAACACAUCUUCAUCGACCAACAUCGCCUAAAUAAAGCUUCCUCUGCCUCUCAUCGACGGCGCAAAAUAUUUAAAGAUGUCUUCUAUGGGGUCUAUAGCGUUUGAUGAAUAUGGGAGACCGUUCAUCAUCCUCAAAGACCAAGACCAACAGAAGCGACUCUGCGGACUCGAAGCUCAGAAAGCACAUAUCUUAGCAGCCAAGGUAGUGUCAGGAAUCUUGAGAACAUCCCUGGGGCCUAAAGGUCUAGAUAAGAUGAUGGUGGGACCGGAUGGCGAUGUCACAAUUACAAAUGAUGGUGCUACUAUUCUUGACCAGAUGGAUGUUGAACAUGAGAUUGCAAAGUUGAUGGUUCAGUUGUCCAAAUCACAAGAUGAUGAGAUAGGAGAUGGAACCACUGGAGUUGUAGUGUUGGCUGGUGCACUGUUAGAUACUGCUGAAAAGUUGUUAGAGCGAGGUAUUCACCCAAUCAGAGUGGCUGAUGGCUACGAAAUGGCUGCUAAAGUGGCUAUAGAUCAUCUUGACACAAUUGCAGAAACCUUCUCUGUAGAUCUGAGCCAACCAGAACCCCUUGUAAAAACAGCCAUGACUACAUUGGGGUCAAAAAUAGUAAACCGAUGUCACAGACAGAUGGCAGAAAUUGCAGUGAAUGCUAUUCUAUCUGUAGCUGACCUAGAGCGUAAAGAUGUGGACUUUGAACUCAUCAAAAUGGAGACCAAAGUUGGGGGUAAACUCGAAGAUACUAUGUUAGUUAAGGGUGUAAUUGUAGACAAAGACAUGAGCCACCCACAGAUGCCAAAGAGAGUAGAAAAUGCCAAGAUGGCAAUAUUAACCUGUCCUUUUGAACCACCAAAGCCAAAGACCAAACACAAGUUAGAUGUCACUUCAGUAGAAGACUACAAGAAACUAAGAGAAUAUGAAAGACAGACCUUUGAGAAAAUGGUCAAAGAGGUGAAAGAUACAGGGGCCAACUUGGUGAUAUGCCAGUGGGGAUUUGAUGAUGAAGCCAACCAUCUUCUCUUACAAAAUGAACUACCAGCAGUCCGCUGGGUAGGAGGGCCAGAAAUAGAGCUAAUUGCCAUUGCCACAGGAGGUCGUAUUGUUCCAAGAUUUAGUGAGCUAAAUGCAGACAAACUGGGGCAGGCUGGUAUUGUACGAGAACUUACCUUUGGUACAACAAAGGAACGCAUGUUGGUCAUUGAAGAUUGCAAGAACUCUAGAGCUGUAACAAUAUUUAUUAGAGGAGGAAAUAAAAUGAUUGUGGCUGAGGCAAAACGUAGUCUACACGAUGCCUUGUGUGUCAUUAGGAACCUAGUAAAAGAUAACCGAAUAGUAUAUGGGGGAGGUGCGUCAGAAAUCUCAUGCUCUUUGGCUGUACAUAGAGCUGCGGACAAGGUCUCCACAUUAGAACAAUAUGCCAUGAGGGCAUUCUCUGAAGCCUUAGAGAGUAUUCCACUGGCUUUGGCAGAGAACAGUGGUCUGGCACCUAUUCAAACUCUAUCAGAUAUCAAGUCUAGACAUGUUAAGGAGAACAAUCCACGUCUUGGAAUUGACUGUAUGAACACUGGAUGUAGUGAUAUGAAAGAGCAGCAUGUGAUAGAGACACUGUUAUCUAAGAAACAACAAAUACUACUAGCCACACAAGUAGUAAAGAUGAUACUCAAGAUAGAUGACAUUAGAGCCCCUGCAGAUAAAUUCUAGAAUCGCACAAUAAAUCCAAUAUUCUGUCUAUUCGCCAAAUUUAACCAGUGGAGUCAUUGUAACCCCAACACUUUUCUCAAGAACUUCACAAUGGAGACGAGGCUGGCAGUUAAAACUGGACUAUCUUUAAUAUAAUACAUUGGUCACUUAUUUAUUAAGUUCCUUAACUUCAGAUCCAGGUUAAAUCAUCUUGUAAAUGGUGAAUAUCUCUCCAUUAAAACUGGACCAUAUGUGAGAGAUAAAGCAGCUUUAGAGGAAUUGGCUUAUGUCAUAUUAUUUAUUGAUAAUUUCCUUAAAGCUCUAUAAGGGUUACAAAUAGCAGUACCGUAAUAGUAAGGUACUGUUCUAUUCUCUCAUCAGUGUGUUUUAUGGAGAGCAGCUGGUCUCCGCUGAAUAUUUACUCUACCUGCCAACAAAACCAAAAAUCCAAUAUUUGGGUUGUCAAGUAUUUUACUAUAAUGUAUAUUGUUGCUGUGAGCAUGUAUGUUUUUGUACAGUUUGUAUAAAUAUUGUGAAAUAUAACAAUUGAUUCAUGUAAAAACUUAA